ACUCAUAUAGAGUUAUACAUUUGGUCUGUCAAAAUCAUUCGUCUGCAGUGAAGAAAUACCCAGAAAAGUCCUUAACCUUUGACACCAGGGAAGAUCGUACGUGCAACAGGUCCGAUGACGCUUUUUAACAAGUAAAUAAUCAGAUGUCACACCGAACCUACUAUCGUUAUUCCUAGUGUAUAUAUCCUCUGUCUUCUCUAUCGUUUUUAAUUGCUUGAUUUGGAUAUUUAGCAAUCCCCGUGAAAAUGAAUCAACAAGGGCAUAGUAAUUGCAACAAUAACCAAUUCAGAGCCAGCCCGGACCUCGGAAGAAGAGGAAUCCGCCACCUUUGCCACCCCGUACAAACAGAUCUGUUCAAAGUUACCAGCCAAUGUAUGGAGACCACAGACCAUUGUCUUCACCAUACUAUAGUGGAUAUGGAACCGGCUUGAAUUACAGAGGCUAUGGAGGCUAUGGCUCAUAUGGUGGAUAUGGUGGAUACGGUGGAUAUGGUGGGAUGUCAGGUUAUAAUUCAUACAAUCAAUUUGGAGGGCCUAGCGGCGACGUAGAGAAUCGAUUUGUUCAGUUAGCCGAGGAGAGAACGAGGCCAGCAUUCCAAUCCAUAGAAACAAUGGUACACACAUUUUCAUCCAUCACAAUGAUGCUUGAAUCAACAUUUUUUGCAAUGACAAGCUCGUUUAGAGCCAUUCUUAGCGUGGCAGAUAACGUAGGUAGAUUACGCUCCAUGUUCGGACAUUUCUUGGACACAUUUGCUCUCAUUAGAUUUAUGAAGUGGUUGUACUGGAAGAGCAUGUAUAUGCUGGGAUUACGCCCGGAUGAUCCAAACAGUGAAUUAUUAUGGCGUAAGACAGCAAUUGAAGUCAUGAAUGGAGAGAGAACGGGAUCUUCAAGUUGGCCAAUUUUCAUGUUUCUUAGCAUGUUGUUUGCCAUUCCUUAUCUAGUGCAUAAAUUAGUUCAUAACUCCAAAGAAGUUAAAGUAAACACUGAUAAUCCAAAAGAAUGGUUCCAACAGAACGAGCCUAUGUAUACAGCAACAGCAACAUAUGACUUUAAUGCUACUUCUAGCGAAGAACUCAGUUUAAGAUGCGGACAAAAAAUUUGGCUAGCACCAAAAUCUCUGCAACCUAAGGAUACACCCGGCUGGUGGAAGGCAACGGAUAGUGUGAAAGUGGGCUUGAUACCAUCUUCAUAUGUAACAGUGGUUGGGCAGAUUAAAAAAAAAUCAACAGUCCCUGAACAGGGAACAACGAAUGAUUGUUCUGAAAAUAUUGGUAGCAGUAUGGAUGAGAGUUCUAAUCAGAAAGACAAAUGUAGUUUUUCCAAUCUUGAAGAAGCUUUCGGGACUAAAAUACCCGAGGAAAGUUAAAAUUAUUGCUUCAUUUUGAUAGAAAUCAUUGAUUUGGGACUAAAGUGAAUCGUUUCGUAACUCAGAAAAAUAUGUUGAGUAAUGAAUGAUUUGUUUGGAAAGAGAAUUGACCUGUUAAGUGGUUUGGGGUGUCCGUCUAAAAAAUAUUUAUACUAACAGUGGAAUAAGAUGCAAGAUGUAGAUAUACGUGAUUUAACACAUCCAUUUUUCAAUCACAA